UGCAGUGAGGCAAUAUAUAUGUAGGUUUAUGUUUAUGUAAAGUAAAAUUAUAGUUUCACUAAAAACUUAUUACCCUGAUUUCAAAUUCUCUUAGCUCUCAGUUGAUCAGCACUUGAUCUGGAUCAUGUUGAUACAUAAAGUAUGCGUGAUUUUGUUGUUAAAUAUGGUUUUCCUAAAAGGCAUUGCAUCAAAAAGCACUGACGAGAAAAAAUCCGAGGUUAACUUUACUAAUCCUGAGGAGGACGAAAUUUAUUUUGAGGGUGAUAUCAUAUUAUCUUCGAGAUCAUUGCGAAAUGGCAUUAUUGGAGAUACAUAUAGAUGGGAUAAAGGAAUUAUUCCGUACCAAAUAUCUGACAAUUAUUCUACAAAUCGAAAGGAAAUGAUACUUCGAGCAUUUGCCACCUUUCAUAAAUACACGUGUAUCAAGUUUAUUCCUCGAAAGCUUGAUCAUAAAUAUUAUGUUAACAUCGUUGAUGAAGAAGAUACCUGUUCGUCACAUGUAGGAAGAGUGACCUAUGUACACAAUAAAAUAAUUCUGGGUGAGACAUGUUUUAAACACUUUGGAAACAUUCUACAUGAAUUAAUGCAUACGAUUGGCUUUUGGCACGAACAUUGCAGAUUUGAUCGAGAUAAAUUCGUUGACAUUUUUAUAGAAAAUGUUAUGGCUGGGUUCGAACAUAAUUUUGGGAAACGACUUAGUAUUGAUUUUAAUCAACCGUAUGAUUAUGCAUCUAUAAUGCAUUAUAGCCGUAAAAUGCAUUCUAAAAAUGGCAAAAAGACAAUAGAACCAAAGGAUAAAUCAUUUUUGGCCCACAUGGGUCAACGAAAAGGAUUAUCGAAGAUAGAUAUAACUAAAAUAAAUCUUAUGUAUAAUUGUCCUGAAAAAACCGACGCCAUUGUUAACUUGAAGAGAAGGUUGUACGUUGCGAGAAAAAAUGAAUAUAAAAAUUAUUUACCCGAUGAUUCUGAAAACUAGUUUAUUUCAUUAAUAUAUAUUUAUAUUGAUAUAUGUAUAUAACUAAUAAAGUUUAAUACAGA